AUGACGCUCUCGGGCGCGGCGCCGCGCGCAAAGGCGGAAGCGAUCGUGAAUCCACAGCCCAUCGACGAGGGGUGGUUGAGGUUUUACGGCGAAGCGACGUCGUCGUCCUCGUACGGCGGCUACGGCGGCAACGAGAACAAUUUCGAUAAGUUCAAGUACUACUACGACGUUCCGCAGGGAUGGGAGCAAGACACGGUGAACAAGGUGGAGAAAUCGACGAACGGCACGGACAAUCGCUGGAAGUCGAAAAAGAACAAAGACGCGAAGGUUUAUUCGAUCACGUUGGCAGGGUACGGAAAGUUGAAAGAAGACCGCGAGGCUAUUAUCAGCGACUUGGCGUUGAGCGAUUAUAACCUGCAAGAUGCGAUCAUCGGCGCAGAUUCGUUCGUGACGAAGGAUCGCGACGUCGACGGGCAGACGUACGUGGACUACGACCUAGUGGGAUUUUAUGGAAACAUUUUCGCUUCCAUCACCGUGUACGGGGGACGACUGUACUCCGUGUUCGCCUUCGUACCCGAGGGCGAGAGUGUCGAAGCGGGACGGCGCAUGAGAGAUAGUUUUGCGACCAUUAACAACAAAACUGAGCAAGAAACCGCCGCCGACAUGGCGUUUUAUCGCAGAUCGUGA